AUGGGGCUGCGAUUAACCGAUAUUAUUAUUAUUUUCUCGGUGUUGGGAAGCUUAGUAGUAUGUGAUACUCAAAGUAACAAUCAAGACAGAACGUUGGUUCUCUUGGAUAACUUCAAUACCAAAGAAACGCACUCAUCGUUCUUGAAGAUAUUGCAAGGAAUUGGAUUGUCAUUAGAUUUCAAAACAGCUGAUGAUCCUAGUUUAGCACUCUCUAAAUACGGUGAAUUCUUAUACGAACAUCUCGUAAUCCUCUCUCCUAGUGUUGAAGAAUUCGGCGGUAAUAUCAACGUUGCUGCCAUUACCGAAUUCAUUGACAGUGGAAGAAAUGUCCUGGUAGCUGGUAGCUCGGAUAUAGGUGAGCCUAUUCGUGACUUGGCAGCAGAAUGUGGCUUAGAAAUGGACGAAGAGAAAACAGCUGUUAUUGAUCAUAUUAAUUAUGACAAGAGAGAUGAAGGCUAUCAUACUAUGGUUGUUGCGAAAUCUAAAGCUAGUUUAAUCGACGCACCUGUAGUUGUUGGUGUCGGCGUUAAUGAUCCUUUACUUUACAGAGGUAUAGGAUUGACUGUUGAUGCAGACAAUCCACUUGUAAUGGAAAUUUUGACUGGAAGUCCAUCUAGCUUUUCUUAUUUUCCUGAUGAAAGAGUUAAGAAUGCCCCGCAAGCCAUUGGAAAAAAUACUGUCCUUAUCGCAUCUAUGCAAGCCAGAAAUAACGCACGUGUUGUUUUCUGCGGUUCACUGGAUUUCUUUAGCGAUGAAUUCUUGCAUUCAAAUGUUCAGGUAGCCUAUCCAAAAGAAAGAACGUAUGAGAAUAGCGGCAAUGAACGUUUAGCUAUUUCUUUAGCCGGCUGGACCUUUAAAAAGAACGGUGUUCUACGUUACGGAAAUAUACGUCAUCACAAAGUAGGGGAAACGAAGGAAGCACAGUUUUAUACUGUCGGAGAUGAAUUGGAAUUUACUGUCGAUAUCGAAGAACUCGUUAACGGUAAAUGGGUGCCCCCUAUCCGCUCGGAUAUCCAACUUGAAUUUGUUCGUAUUGAUCCAUUUGUUCGGGUGACGAUGAACCGUUCUUCAAAUCCGAUAACAUUCAAAGCUCACUUUAAAGUUCCAGACGUUUAUGGCGUUUACCAAUUUAAAAUUGAUUACUUGAGACUUGGAUAUACUCAUAUGUUUAGUGCCACUCAGGUAUCUGUCCGUCCAUUGGAGCACACGCAGUAUGAACGAUUCAUCCUAUCCGCUUAUCCGUAUUAUGCCAGCGCCUUUUCAAUGAUGUUUGGUGUCUUUAUAUUCUCAUUUGUCUUUUUACACUACCGACCUAACGAUAAAGAUAAGAGAGAUUAA